CCGUUCCCGUGGUGCGCACACAGGGUUCGCACUUUAUGGUCCAGCAGGGAGCAGAUGCAGAGAGCAGCAGUUGUAUCCAUCCACGUUAACCACCAAUAUGCCCCCCGUAAAGCUCGAGGCUUCAGUUGAUAUCAAGCCUGUUGAAAAUGGCAAUGCCAAGGAACACGUCACCUUACCUCUGAAGGGGCUCGAGACAAUUGAACCUCUGGUCCGCUCUGUUGAAGAGACCCCCGAGCAAAUCUCCACUGAAGUACAAGGUACCAUUCCCUCCUGGAUCAAUGGCAACCUGCUCCGCAACGGCCCUGGGAAGUUUGAAUUCGGAGACACACACUACAACCACUGGUUUGACGGGAUGGCCAUGCUACAUCGCUUCAACAUCAACCAAGGCCAGGUGACCUACAUGAGUCGCUUCCUGCAGAGCGAUUCCUACAGAAAGAACAGUGAGAGUGACCGAAUCGUGGUGUCAGAAUUUGGUACCCUUGCCAUGCCCGACCCCUGUAAAAACUUCUUCCAGCGCUUCCUGUCUCGCUUUGAGAUGAUCGAUUCUACAGACAAUGCAAGUGUGAGCUUUGUGAAAUACAAGGGUGACUACUAUGUCAGCACGGAAACUAAUUUCAUGCACAGAGUGAACCCAGAGAACGUGGAAACACUGGGACAGGUCGACUGGAGCAAGUUCAUUGCUGUAAAUGGAGCCACCGCUCACCCACAUUCUGACCCUGACGGUACCACAUACAACAUGGGCAACUCCUAUGGAAGCAAAGGAGCACUGUACAACAUCAUCAGAGUCCCUCCCGAGAAGACAGAUGCCAAAGAAACCCUUGAGGGAGCCAAAAUACUCUGCUCUAUUGUGCCUGCAAACAAGUCCCAUCCCUCCUACUACCACAGCUUUGCCAUGUCUGAGAACUACGUGGUGUUCAUUGAGCAGCCAAUUAAGAUGGACCUGCUGAAGAUAGUCACGUGCAAGCUGAGGGGGAAGGCAUUGAGCGAAGGCAUCUACUGGGAUCCCAAACAGGAAACCGUUUUCCAUCUUGUUGACAAGCGUACUGGCGAGGUCAGCGCAAUCAAGUACCACACCAAAGCCAUCUCCACCUUCCAUCAGAUCAAUGCCUUCGAGGAAGAUGGAUUCUUGAUGGUCGACCUGUGCUGCGCAGACGACGGUGCAGCCAUCAACAACUAUCUCAUCCAGAAUUUACGCAAGUCGGGAGAAGCAUUAGAUGAGGUGUACAACACCCUGAGCAGGCCAUUGCCGAGGCGUUUUGUUCUGCCCCUUCACGUGACUAGUGACACCCCAAUAGACCAGAACCUGAACACCCGGCCCUCCAGCACAGCAACGUGUGUCAAAAUUGGCAAAGAUAAGGUGUUCUGCCAACACGAGAAUCUCCAUGGAGAUGACCUCUUUGAGUACGGUGGCCUGGAGUUCCCUCAGAUCAACUAUGGGAGAUGCAACACACGACCCUACCGUUAUUUCUACGGCUGUGGUUUCAGACACCUGGUGGGAGACUCUCUGCUCAAGAUGGACCUGAAGGACAAGUCGCUCAAGGUCUGGUACCAGAAGGGUUUCUUCCCGUCGGAGCCCGUGUUUGUGCCGUCACCUGAUGCCACGGACGAGGACGAUGGGGUCAUCCUCUCUGUGAUUCUCACCCCCUCACAGGAUAAAGGGACGUUCCUCCUGGUUUUGGAUGCGAAGACGUUUGAAGAGCUUGCAAGAGCCUACGUGCCUGUUAACAUGGCUUAUGGCUUCCAUGGUACUUUCAGUGCCUCGGCAUAAACCUGCUUCAUUCAAAGUGUUUCUUCAAUGAUAAUAAUACAGACAAUACCAAACCAGUGUUAAUUAUUAUAACCACUAUAUUCCUCAUGGUACUGAGUUACUGCUGCUCUAUAUAAACACAGCUGUUGUGUUAAUCAUUAUAAGCACUACUCUUAAUGGUAAUUAUGCACUACAUGAAGGUUGGCGCAAUGUUCUGGUACUGACUGAAAGUUUGGGUACUUUUCUGAACUGGUCUCUGGUUUGUAGUGACAUCCAUAAUGGCAUUGAGACUCUUAAUCAACCCAAAUGUAUUCACAUUAUCAUAAACGACAUUCCUUUUAUAUCAACAUGGUACUCGAGUCACAAGUUAUCAUACUGUAGGCAGUAAACCUGUGAUGUUGGGGUUUGCAUGACACUCAAACCACCAGAGCUCCCAAGUGCCAAAUUUACAUUUAUAUACAUUAUUUUCUAUGAUUUUUCUUAAUUGAGCUAUAUUUUUUACAUGUAGCAUGAUUUUUAUACACUAUUUGCCAAUAAAACCUCUGUCUAAACUGUCAA